UCGCGCAGAUGAAACAGUGAGUGUUCAGUAUUUGAGUAAGUUGUAUUAAUAUGUGGCGCGGUGCGGAAGUGGCCCGUGGGGCAGGGCGCGCGCUGCUGCCGCAUAUAAACUGACGCGGACUUCCUCAAACUCACUUUGCAUCGGAGCAGGAACAUUCAGAUCUAAAGCAGCAGUCAUGAGCUGGGAGAGCUACAUCAGCAGCCUGACGAAGAGUGAAUGGGUGGAUGAUGCGGUCAUCAUCGGGCACGCAGCGGGUCAGGAGUCCGUUUGGGCGUCAGCACCGGGCGGCUGGCUCAGUCAAGUCACGCCGAAAGAGGUUCAGGCUCUUGUAACUAAUGACCGCAGCAGUCUGUUUGCCAACGGCGUGAGUCUGGCGGGCAGGAAGUGCACCGUGCUGAGAGACGCUCUGAAUGUGGACGGUCAGAACACUGUUGACGUGAAGAUGAAGACCUCCGAGAAAGAGCCCGAUCCGUUCUCAUUCACCAUCGGCAAAUCCCACAAAGCUCUAAUCAUCGCUAAAGGAGUUAAAGAUGCACACGGAGGACAAGUCAAUCCACUCGUCUUCGACAUGACCGCAUACCUCAGAAAGAUGAACAUGUGAACAUGCCCCGCCUCACCCCUCUGACUCCGCCCAUUUCAUCCUGCUCUGCCACGCCCACUUCCUCUGUCGGCCACCUUUAGGAUCCGGCACAUUUACAUUUCCAGAAACCAGAAGAACCCAUCCGAGAUCCGCCACUUCUUCCCAGUUUCCUCCAGAAUUCCCGUUUCAUCAGGAGUGUCGAAAUGUUCCCGUCAUCUCUCCAGUCAGACACUGCAACACAAACUCGAGUUACUAGUCAAUGCAUUAUGGUUUGUUUGAUUAAAUAAGUGACUGAUUGUAUGGUACUGUAGUAUUCUGCAGCGGGAGGGGCGGAGCUUCAAGUCAAACGUUUGUUUGUUUAAAUCCUGCUGAACAAAUCGCUGCAUUCUGACUGUUAGAUGCCAAAUAAAGAGAACAAGAGUUUCUGUGGA